CUACUUUUCUCUCUUUUGGUUUUGCGGUUUUUUGACAUGGCCAAAAUGGAUUAAUGCCAAUCCCAUUCAUUUCAAUAGAGUAAGAUGAUUUGAGACGCAACUAUUUAACUUUGAAAUGAAGUUAUUCCACCAAAUUUUGUGCUAUAUCCAAAUCACAUCAAAUUGACUCCAACUUACGAUAAACUAAGAAGUAUUUCGUUUCCUCUGCCGUUGUAUUGCGCAUACAGUAACAUUUCACAAUUUGGCUUUGGUAGUCAAUCAUCACAGUUCUUGUUUGUCUUUGUGUACAGUUAGUAGUUUUUCUGCCGUUGUCAAACCUGUUCGGCAAGCUGUAACACUUCCCGGUUUUAUUGCAGCUCAUCCGGAACUAACACGAGACAGCGUUAGCAAUUUUUUGAGAUACACACUCAGAUUGCAGGAUUGCGAUCAUCUCCGGAUAUUAUCUCGAUUUAUCCUCGUCACCGACAGGUUACACUUCGAGCCUUAUUAGCGAGCAUUAUAAGGCCGUACAUUGACUGACUUCCAAGUCGGGCUGUUUCCUCUACUGCGCUCAGCAGAGCGCAAUCAUUUCCUCUGUGUGUGUUGCAUAUUGUUUUCCUCCUCGAUGAAACGCUCAGCUGAGGCGGCCUCAGCGGAGUGUUACGCACUGACGCAUGCUUGAGUUCCUCUGAUGUUGUCCCGGUAUGACCCUUCUUACCUCACGGAUGCUUUUAAACUCACAUCGUUUUUUUUGGUUUCAUUGUCUCGUGCUCUCUAGUUCGUCUCUUUGUUUAGCAUCCACUAUGGCGAAUCGUCUGCGGUGACCACAAAUAACGGGAUCUAACCGAUCAUAAAACAUUUAAUAUCAAGAGAUCACAUGACUUUAGUUAAGGGAAGUUGUUUUCUCGAGAGAGGAUGUCACAGUCAUGUGAGAGCGAGGAAUGUGCUGCGUAACAAGCCUUCGGACAGAACUUUUGGACACUGAUUCACACUCCAAAGUAACGAUGGCUUUAACCGAUUAAUCGAGUUAUUUUUCUAGUUGGGCUUCAGGCGCCACCACUUGUCACUCCGAUGUAGUUCCUUAGUGUCAAAAUGCUAGCAGUUGGUGCUGAAGAUCUAUUUUUCUCUCUGGUGCCGUCUUGUUGGAUCGUGGAAUGACUCGGCGAGUAAUUUCCCAGUGAACAGGUCAAUUUAUAAGGAGUCAGCACAGGAACACCGUGAUACUAUUCCUGUUUGUUUACAAAACACUUGAGUCCAAAUCAACUCUGAGCCUUCAUUUUCCCGACAACGGACCGAGGAAACCGUCUUCUCAUCUCGUCUAAUUCUUGAGUCCAUCCUCAGUUCUGUCAGUAGCACCGGGGUGGUGCCUUAGGGGUUAAUCUCUCCCAGUCACAGAGUUGUUGUCCUCAGCGCCAGAUCCAGCGUGUGCGCGCCGUCCAUUCCACAGCUUGCCUCCGAUCCCUGCGCAUAGUGCUCGAGUGAAAAGCCCACAUAGGGGAUCCUUUGUUUAGGAGAGUCUAGGCAUGGAAGAUAAUUUACAAACCGCUAAGGUCCUCACGCUAUUGGCUGAUGAGCCCCCUGUCUGCCCCUCGGGAAAGGCAUCUCGUGUGUGUGUGUGUUUGUGUGUGUGUGUGUGUGUGUGUAACCUUCAGCUGUGGCAGUGUCUGGCUACCACAGUCACCCUUGUCAUGUCAUCCAGAAGCUUGCCCAGUGCUCUGUUACUGUCGCUUGUCUUUUGAAGCAAAGCAAGAUGGCCACCAAUACCUUCUAGUGUGUGAGGAAAGGGUGGGGGGUGGGGGGUGAUGCUGAAAACAGAGGGGCUUCCUCCCAGGGCGGAUAAGGUUAAAAAAAAAACUGGCUGUGUGUGUGUGACUUAGUGGUCUAGCUGCAGUGAAGCUCAUCCCUUGGAUUUAGCUGAUUGGAGUGCUUUAUUUGGAAGCUGGUUUUGAUUCAGGCUGAGGAUCUUGAGGGUGUUUGGCUUGUCGUUUCCAGCAGGUGGUUCCACAAAGUGGGUCGUUCAAUGGCAAAGGGGAGGCACAGAUGGAUGUCACCCACACGGCGGCAGAGGAGGACGAGGAGGAGGAAGGCCAUAUACGACAUACAAAAACUCCUCCCGGCACACUUCGCCGCAACCUGGACCUCGGCGGACGCCCGGCACUUAUUCAGCGAGAGCUCGGGUUGCAGCUGAGCAACAUUGCACUUCACCAACAACAUGUACGCUCUUCUGUGAAUUUCCACAACGGAAUUUCGGGAAACCCAACUAAACCUAACGGUGCUAAUGUGACCGGUGGGGGUCACGCUGAUCUGAAGUCAUAUCACAGGGCUAAGAUGGCCUUAGAGCCUCAACGGAGCGUAAUCGCCAGUAUCCCCUCUCAAAACGGACCCAAGACUCCCGACACGUCGGCCCCAUUGAAGAGGAUCAAACUGGAAGAGGAUGAAGAAGCAAUCGGCGCGCAUUUUAGCGACAAAGAUGAUGUCUGCGAAGACCCGUUGUCCACGUUAGCGGCGGUGGUUUGUCUGUCCGUCACGGAGAGACGAGGGCUACAGGAGAAACUCUUCAGCUCACGUCCUUCCGCUCUUCGGUCCAUCAAAACCGAACCGCCGGAUUUGCAUUUCAUCAAGGAAGAGUCCGAGGACUUGAGGAAUGACUUUUGUCACUCUCGGGGGAGCCUACCGAGGACUCCCCAGACGAUCAAAAGUGAACCGCCUUCAAAUGACCUGUUACCAAGCGUUCAGUCUUUGGCAGAGAAGAGGAAUCUUAGUUUUGACCAGGCUAUCGCCAUUGAGGCCUUAACUCAACUGGCAGCUAUACCUCAGCACACCCCGAUGUUUAUUAAAACCGAACGAAAGUGUGAACCUUCUGCAGUCGCCUUGCAAGAAACCUCAACGCAAGAAGCCAAACCCACAGCAGAAAUCCGCUACAACAAAGUUUCGGUCAUCAGCUCACCGGUUCACCAGACGUCGGUGAUACGCCCACCCGUGGCCAGACACGGUAACGUCAUCCAACGGUGCCAGGGCACGAGGCCGACCGAACGGGGCAACGGAGCACCCUGCAGGAGGCCGUACCAAACCUUCGGUUCUCGUGUUAUCAAGUCAGAAUACGACAACUCGGAUCCGAGCAGCGUAAAACUGGGUAAAGACCACGAGCGUCACUUUUGGGAGGACCGCGAGAGACCCAAGAUGAUGAGGAACCGAGACGAGGAGGAGGUGGCCGCCCAAUUGGCCAACUUGGCUUUCAUCAUCCAGUCCCGUCAGAGCCAGCUGCCCGGGGCCAAUCACGUAAAGGGGACUCCCGUGUCAGCGAUCAGAUACAACUACCACUCACAGUUAUCCCCUGGUCAGAAAAAGACCCCCGUAAAGAAAGCUAAAACAACCCCUUCAAAACCCAGGAAGAAGAAGAGUAACGAGGGACCACAGGAAGGAAUCAACCGCCGGACCCCUCUCUCAAAACGCAUGGCAAAUGGAGAUGCGGCUCAUCGAAGCAGAGGAAAGAAAACUCCUCUGCCUGGCAAAUCCGGUCCCCCUCAUAGGAGGAAUCUGUUCCUUCCUCAGGCCCAGAUUGACCUGAAGAGAUACCUGGCUGAAGCCCAGGAGGAAGCAAAGCAACUCGACCGUCACAGUACUCAGACUCACCACUACAGGACCAACCAGAGCCCGGACCCAGAGAACCAGCUUUUGUCAUUUGUGCACAACCCACUCCACCAACACAAUCCUGCCGCAGGACCGGGGCAGGAGAGGUGUUUGUCAACUCAGGUAGCGCAGCCCCGCGAAGGGCUGCCGUACGGUGCUGAUCCCAGGGUGACGCACCUCGGCCACGCCGCCGACCCUGGUCCCGCCGACAGCCUCUUUGGUGCUCGACAGUCUCCGCCUCCAAGCCAGCAAAGCUACUACAAGCUGGAGAGGUCGGGGCCUGUCACCGUCUUAUCUACAUCUGCCGACGGAGACGCGGGCCACUCGGCGGAGUCGACUCCAUCCAAGCACAGCGUCAACUGCUUCCUGGAGUCGCCCAUGGCUUUUCUGGACACCCCGACAAAGAAUCUGCUCAACACGCCCUCCAAAAAGCUAUCUGACCUUCCUUGCUGUCAAUGUGUGGACCAAAUCAUUGAAAAGGAAGAAGGUCCUUACUACACUCACCUUGGCGCAGGACCCAGUGUUCCAGCAGUGAGGGAACUGAUGGAGACCAGAUAUGGCGCCAAGGGAAACGCAGUCCGGUUGGAAGUUGUUGUCUACACUGGAAAAGAAGGAAAAAGCUCCCAGGGAUGCCCAAUUGCAAAAUGGGUGGUCCGGCGAGGCAGCGAGGAGGAGAAGCUGUUGUGUUUAGUGCGGCAGAGGCCGGGGCACUACUGCGACACCGCCGUGCUGGUCAUCCUCAUCCUGGCCUGGGAGGGAAUCCCGAGGGCGGUGGCGGACCACCUCUACCAGGAGCUCACAGAUACCCUCUUCAAAUACGGCUCGCCCACCAGCCGACGCUGCGCCCUUAAUGAAGAUCGGACCUGCGCCUGUCAGGGGUUGGACCCGGAUACCUGCGGGGCAUCCUUCUCCUUCGGCUGCUCGUGGAGUAUGUACUUCAACGGCUGCAAGUUCGCCCGUAGCAAAGUGCCACGCAAAUUUCGCUUGCUUGGUGACUACCCGGAGCAGGAGGAGAAGGUAGAGAAAAACCUUCAGAGUCUCGCCACUGACCUUGCACCACUGUACAAGUGCCUCGCUCCUGAAGCCUUCCAGAACCAGGUGGAGCAAGAGGAGAAGGGUGACUCUUGUCGGCUCGGCUGGAGGAAUGGACGUCCUUUUUCGGGAGUCACGGCUUGUGUGGACUUCUGCGCCCACGCUCACAAGGACAACCACAACAUGAAUAACGGCAGCACUGUGGUUUGCACUUUAACAAAAGAAGAUAACCGCGCGGUUCGGAAUAUACCGGAAGACGAGCAGCUCCACGUUCUCCCGCUCUACAAGAUCACCGACAGAGACGAGUUUGGUCGCGUCGAAGGGCAAUGGGCCAAGAUCCAAACCGGUGCCCUUCAGGUUCUGUCAUCUUUCCCGAGAGAGGUGCGUCUGCUAGCUGAGCCGGUGAAGUCAGCUCGCAAGAUGAGGCAAGAAGCUCGUUUGAAAGCUCAAGCCGAGAAGCUGGAGAAGAAGCUCGGCUUGAGCCCACUCACUCCCACUAAAGUCAAGCGAGAAACCCCCACCAAAGGUGAGCAACAUGCCCUUUACAACAAAGCAUCGCCUCGUCCCGCCAACGUGGACCGGUGCCAGGCCAGCACUUACAGUCCAAGCACCAGCAACUACCACCAACAGAGGGACCUCAUGUCACCCAACCACCACCAGCCCGGCUUCCCGUUCGGACCAAACCGCUCGGUCCCGCCGUAUCAGAGCACCGGCGACGCGGUGAACGGCUACCCCGCCGGCUUCCCUCGUACUUUUAAAAGUGAGCCUGGCGAGAUGCUCUCCCCUCCGCGGAGACCCUCGACUAGCGGGAGCGCCCCUCCGUCUUCCUCCUUCUCCCCUCAACUUACCUCUGAGGGUCUCUACAGCAGGCUGAACGGACUCCACGGCUUUGAGGAGGAAGUGAAGCAGGAGGAGGUGUGGUCGGACAGCGAGCACAACUUCCUGGACCACGACAUCGGCGGCGUGGCGGUGGCGCCCUCGCAUGGCUCCAUCCUCAUCGAGUGCGCGCGGCGGGAGCUGCACGCCACCACGCCCAUCCUCAAACCCGACCGCCGCCACCCCACGCGCAUCUCCCUGGUCUUCUACCAGCACAAGUCCCUCAACGAGCCGGGCCACGGGAUGGCCAUGUGGGACGCCAAGAUGGCCAAGAGGGAGCGGGAGAGGGAGGAGGAGGAGGAAGAUGAAAGACUGAGGAUGGAGGAAGGCGGGAGCGGGUUAGGAGGGGAGACAAAGGAGGGGGCGGGGUUAGACGGGCAGGAUGCGUGGAAGACCAGGGACAUCCCCACGCGGCAAACGUGGACACUACCGAGAGACGGGGUCAUCACCGUGUCCCCUUACGCCCUCACACAAGUGACAGGUCCUUACAACAGCUGGACUUAGGCAACACACACACACGCGCACACACACACACACACACACACUGUGCUUAUUUAUGCCUUACCUCAAUCAACUUGAGACUGCUUGUCAUUUAUUUUCUACCUGGUUUUAAUCACGCUCUACAAAAAGCCGCUUGAGUAUUUAUUAUACAUCCUUAAUUUUAAGACGAAUGUUUUUUUUUCUUGUGCUCACUCGUAAGACAAGCACGGUAGCAGAAUGACUGUGUCUCGAUAGAUUUUUUUUUUAUUAUUCCUAUUCGUGCCACUAGUACUACCUGAAGCUUGUUAUCGAAUAUGAAAAAUCUUCCACAGCUUUCCAUAUUAAAAGAGAACGGAUGUGCACAGGUUCACCACACUAAAGCCGUUAGUAUGCCAAAGUUGUCAAACGAGCGUGCAGAAAUUUGUUCUACGAGUGUUCUGAAGUCGUACCCGUUUUCUGGUAGGGGGAAAAAAAAUGACACAGUCAUUAUAGGAUAUCGAAUAAAUACUCAACCGGCUCGCUUUGUGCUCCCUCGUCUUCCUCUGAUCUUUUUUCCCCAUUUAACUGUGAGUUUUAUGUUUAUAAAAGAGAUGGUGCUUUGAAGCAUUUUUAAGUUUUUUUUUUCCAACUGCUUUUAUAUAUACAGUAUACAUACAAUAUAUAUGUAUACACAUGAUAAAGAACAAAAAAAGGUGAUUAUUUAUUUCUGAUCAUUUCUAUUUAAUUCCUGGUGUUAAGCCUGUUUACUGCAAGAUAACCUGUUGCUUCAGAAUCAGAAUGACGGUGGUACCUUGCUUUUGUUUCGAGUUCAGUGCCAUUCUCACUGUGCACACGCUAUACUUCACGCUUCUAUUUUACUUGGGAUGAUCUCAUGUAGCAAACUGGCUUCACGCAUUUGCUCCCCUCAUGAAAGAAACUGAUUUGUCGUCUGGAAGGUUUCUCAGAAGCACUUUUUUUUUUCUUCCAUUUUCUCUCAAGCCUCACUUGAAAAAUUGUCCCAAACCUAAUUAUGUAUGUACAGAUAGGGAUUUUUAUAUAUGAAUAUAUUUUACAGUAUUCUUCCUUUUUUUUUUUAACACUUAGCAUUCAGAGCAAUUAUGAUUUUUUUUUUGUCUACAACAAAGUGCUUAUCAUGACUGGCACUUAUUUUAUGUGUUCACUUUCUUGGAAAAUCGGAAUUAUCAGAGUUGGGAUGAUAGGAUUUUGGAACUUUUUCUGACUCGCUGUAUAUUUGAUUGAUGCCUGUUGAAACGCCAACAUGUUGCCAGUUUGUACUGUACAGUGCAAACGUAUCGAUUUUCACCAUCUUAACCAAAUUUGUUUUUUUAAAUGUUGACACCAUCAUCCAUCUAAGCAAUUUCAGACAAUUUCACACUUCCUUCACAGCAUAUGACGGAGUCUAAAUAAGGCGAUUUUGUUUUAUUUUAAAUUGUCAUUUUAAGGACUCUUGAUCGAAUUCUGUACAAAUGUCACACGGCUGGUGCUGUAAUUUCUUCGUGGUGCUCAUAGGACAAGUUAGUUCACUGACUCAACUUGGUUUUAUACAAUAUGGAUGGUGCUCUUUUUAAAAUGAAAAAAAAAAAUGUAUUGGAGUCUCUACAAAUGUAGUUUUAAUGCUGUUGCAACACACACUUGAUCAUGAUGUAUUUUUAAAGUUAGAUAAAAAUCAUAGUCCAGUUCCAAUGUCUUCCGGAACAACAAACACACAAUAAAAUGAAUGUAAGCAUGUUUGAAAUCAGUUGAUUUACAGGAAAACCCCUUUGCAAAUGAAAACACGUUUUGAUUUAUUUUAUCAGUCACAAUAUGACAUUUUUUUCCCAUCAAUUACGAGCUAUCACCAGCAUUAAAAAAACUUGGGGGGAAAAACUUUUUACUUGUUAAUAUUCUGUGUAAAUACGUAUGUGAACUAUAUUGUUUUUACUGUACUGUGUGUAGACGUUGGAUGCUCUUGCUUAUUUUGCAACAGAAUUACUGUAUGUGGCAAAAAAAGAUUAUAUCCAUUUUAGACUUGAGAAGAGACUACAUUUUGCAUUUCUUUUAUGGAUGUCUGAUCUUUUGGGGGAUUGUGAAAUAAAGUCAUAUUUAUAUUUUUGACUCAA